AAAUGAGGAAUGAUGAGCCCGAUUGCUGAUUGGUUCCUGUACGAAUCACGAGGCUGUCGAGAGCCGGAGGAAAAGCAAGAACCGGGAUUGAGAAAGUAGGGGGAAAGAGAUCCGAAAAAUGAGCUGCCCAGUGAGUUUGUGUGGAGUCGAUGAACAGCUGAUGGAAAAGCUUAAAAAAUUUCGUUUUCGCAAAGAGACCACAAAUGCAGCCCUCAUAAUGAAGAUUGAUCAGGAGCAACAUAUGGUGAUACUGGAUGAAGAGUAUGAGGAUAUUUCCCCAGAAGAACUCCGGAAUGAACUACCUGAACAUCAACCUAGAUUUGUAGUUUAUAGCUACAGAUAUAAACACAGUGAUGGAAGGAUUUCCUAUCCACUCUGCUUUAUAUUCUUCAGUCCUUGUGGUUGCAAGCCUGAACAACAGAUGAUAUAUGCUGGAAGCAAAAUUGGACUGGUAGAUAUAGCAGAAUUUACCAAGGUGUUUGAAAUUAGAAAUACAGAAGACUUCACCGAAGAGUGGCUUUGCAAAAAACUUGGAUUUUUCCGUUAACAAAAUGUGACAGUAUUGCAUUUCACUUUAUAUGAAUUAAUAACAUGAGCUUGAAUUUUAUGCGUACAAACUGGAAAAUUAAAUGAUUUUUAUACUUUGUGUUCAAAGCUGUAUUGGAUUUAAGCACUGUGAAAAUGUUGAAUGCAGUUUUCCAAAAAAAAAAAUUAACUUACCAAGCACUUAACCUUUUUCUGUUCUUGGUGUAAGCCAGAAAAGCAAGGCAAGACCAGAGUCUCCUGGCAUACAUGGAUAGUGUAGUCAUUUGACCUCUGGUUCAAGCACAAUCCAAGCAAUGGUUGUCAUUUCCUUUUCCAUUAAGGAUUAUCAAUUAAUGUAUUUAACUGUAAUCAAGUUAUUAUCUGAAACAGGCUAGAGGUUGAAACUUUUUUUUCAGAUGACUAGUCUUGAUCUGUUCAUUACAUGUGGAGUCUUUUGCAUUGAUCCUGCCUUAUCCUUCAAAUUAUCCAAAGUUUUCAGAUAUGGUUUGUAAAACUCAAGCAUGCUAUAACUAUACUAGUCAUGUAUACUGUCUCAUUACUUAUGUUGAUUCUUUAAUGAAUUUUGCAUGUAAAUUCCAUAACUGCUGGUUUUCAUUGGUACACUUCAAAACUUGAAUAUUGAAAAGCCCAAUAUGUAACUAAAAUUUAUAUUGGUUGAUUAUUUUACAGUAGAACCUUUAGCAUAUUUAACUUUUAUGGCUUUGCGAAUUUUUCUCCAUGACCCACAUUCCAUCAUCUUUGUUGUCCCUAAUGUGGCUUCACAAGACUCUUUCAAACUGGCAAUGACUAAAUCAUUCCACACAACAGAUUUAACUCUCCAGCAGAUCACCAGCUGAGAUUUUGUUUGUCCAGAAGUGUGAAAUUUUUGAGCAAGGUGACCACAGAACAUAAUCCAUCAUGGUAUUCCAUUGCUAGUAAUGCAUUAAAUAUCCCACAAACUGAUUAUGGUUGGUGCCUCUGCCUGUGCCUUAUGACUUACCGUCUUGAGAUUUGGGGCAAAUCUCCCAGCAAAUAAGUCCCAUUCAGCUUUGUAAACCCUGCCCACAAACUAGCAGAGUCAGAGGAGAAUAAAUGGUAUUCAUGGCUGCUUCUAGAACUUACUUCCUGUGAAAGUUGAGGGUUUUUAUUUCAAGUUGUUUUUUUUCUUAAAGGAGCAUUUUCUUUAAAUGAUAAUUUAUUUAAAAACAGAUCCCUGUAGAACACAUCUCUAAUUCUAGUUAGUAUAUUUGAGAAAGUUAAGUUUAUUCAAAUUGUACUGAAUUAGAACAUGUGUUGUUAGACACAAGAAUGAAUAAAUGUGUUCAGUGGAUUGAUUAGUCCAAGUUUGAUCCCUUCAGCAAUAAUUUAUUUCCCCAGUCCUUUUAAAAGAUGUUUCCAAGUUUUCAUCUUUUUAACAUUAUGCCCCUUAUGUAUAUCUAAAGAAUACCACUUGGAAGGUGGUCGACAUAGGGAUACUGAGUGUUGAGUUAAUCUCUUGGCUUUAAAUUUCAGGUAAUUCUAGUCGCAUCUUAAUUUGAAUAGGUUGGAAUCUGCUAAAUGGGUUUCAUUUUGUACAAGAAAUUUUUAAGUUCCAUUUCUUGUGUAUGGUAUACAUUUUGAAGUUCAUGCAUUCAGUGCUUGAGUUAAUUAGGCAUGUGUAGGUACUUGAUGUAUUGCAAUAGCAAUUGUUACAAUGGUAUGGCAUCCUUCCCAUGGAAGCUGCAAAUACAAUUUCAUUUAUUAAAUGGUUAAAAGCUAUUUGGAAACUUGCAGAAAUGUUCAAACUACAAUUUACAUCUGAAUCUUGGCAAAUAGUUUUUACACAAUCUCUUUUUCUUACUUUUCUAAUGAGCAUUCCAAAAUGCAUUCAGCUGAAAUAUGUAUGUCUUGUAUGAUGACCUGUGCUAAAUCCACAGUAGUAUUUUUAACACUAGCAUUGCUCAAUAUGUUUUUUGCACAAAUAAGAACUUUAAGGUGCACAUUUGUUUGAUGCACCUUGUGCAUUUUGUCUGUUGCAUGCUUAAUUCAUUACCAUUUGAAAAUAGAAUUAAUAACUGCUCAACUUGUAUAAUGCUUUCUUAAAACUAAUGCUCAAAUUAUUAAGAAAUACAGUCUUGCCAUGAUGGCCUUUUAUAGUAUGAGCAUUUUUUUGCAGGUUUUGUUUAAUCAUAUUAAAUGUCUAUUCAUGCCUUUCUAUUACAUCUGGAUUUGGCCAUUGUAACAUAACCUGCCAUUUCUAUCAACUCAAGUUUAUGUUGAACUCUGCUGACCAUGUCCUAAUUCCCGAAGUUCUAUUCACUCAUCACACUUGACUUGUAUUGGCACUCAGUCUGGCAACACCUCAGUUUUACAAUUAUCUUCCCCGUUUUCAAAAUGCUAUGGUCUCACCCUUUCCCUAUUUCUAUACCCACCUCUUGCCUAUCUAUCUGUGCUGCUCUAGUGUAUAACUCCUAUAACCUUGUGCUUUAAUUGCAGCAGUGUUGGUGACUAUCUUUAACUGUCAGCCUAUGCUCUGGAAUUCCCUCCUUAAAUUCUCAAUGUAUCUUUGUAGAUAACUUUAAUAGGUAGCUCUUUGACCAUCAGUGCUAAUCUAUUGUGUGAUUGUCAUUUUUUUUUUGAAGCUGUGAAGUGCCUUGGGGUGCUUUAUGUUAACACUAUAAAUGCAAGUUUGUUGUUGAGACUAAAAUGGCAUAAAAACUUUUUGUACCAUUUUAAAGAGCUUUUCAGAUUGGUGUACUGCUCAUUUGAAUGAUUUGUACUAAAAUGAAGCAUGACACUUCUGUAUGCUGAAAUGCAUGUUGCUAGCAGUAAGUAUAAAGGUUAAUUGUAACUGAACUACAUCGUAUGUGCAAUUAUUGAUAUUCUUGGGUUUCUUUCUGUGGGUACAAAAUAAAGGUUCUCAUGUACAUAAA